UUCCACUUAUUUUGUACAGAUAUUUCUAAAAUUCUAUCCUUAUGUAAGUUUCAACUUUGUUGAAAAUGUCCGAAAUCAAACAAGAGGAUAUCCCUGUGACGUCACAAUCACAGCCAUUGUACAGCAUGUACCCCCAACAUAGACCAAUACCCCCUUCAUCACUGCCCCCCCAACCCCCACCCGUAGCAACGCAAUUCCACGAAACCAAACCAGAAGUAUCGAAUACAACUUCUGUAUCCGGGUUUCCACCAAGACCAAACAGAAGAUUUAAUACGAACCCAUUUCAUGAUCCUUCUGGAAGCUUGAGUACAUUAAGUGCAGCCAUCACUCAACAUCAAACAUCAACUGCUUCUCAUACAUUUGCUGUUUCAACCACAAUCGCCACACCUGUUCAACCAAUACAAAGACAAACUACUGGUAUCACACAGGUUCUUGCUGCCAACUUGGUAAGUCAUGGCCAACCACCCCUUUCACAAUCCCCACAAACAGCAAGUCAACUGCAGGCACAGCAACAUCAGUUUCAAAAAUUAAAGGUUGAAGAUGCUUUGUCUUAUUUGGAUCAAGUUAAAUUUCAGUUUGGGAACCAACCACAAGUCUACACGGAUUUCCUUGAUAUAAUGAAGGAAUUUAAAUCACAAAGCAUUGACACACCAGGAGUUAUAGCAAGGGUGUCUCACUUGUUUAACGGCCAUCCUGAUCUAAUCGUUGGUUUCAACACCUUUCUACCACCUGGCUACAAAAUUGAGGUAUCAGCGAAUGAUCAAGUUAGCGUUACCGGACCGAACAUGAUCGCUCAAACCAUUCAUCCACUAGGAGUGCUAGAGCCCGGUCAACAAUCAUCAACAACGAUACAAGUACACACCCCGCAUGGUAAAUUUGCAACCACCUUACCCCAACUACCAGCCCAUCGUGCGUCACCAGGACCCAACCACGCACAGCUUCCUGUAGCCCCCCAACCCCCGUUCUCUGCCCCACAACGAACCCCAGCCCCACCCACCUCAUCAGCCCCAGGUGUCAACACCAACACAGCAGCAAGCCAAAACAUCCCAAGUUCUGCUGUCAGUUCCCAACAACAACAGCAACAACAACAAACAACAAAUGCUGCUGGUCAACCUGUUGAAUUUAACCAUGCAAUCAACUAUGUCAACAAAAUCAAGAAUCGCUUCCAAGGCCAGCCAGAUAUAUACAAAGCUUUCCUUGAGAUAUUGCACAAAUAUCAGAAGGAACAACGUAAUGUUAAAGACUCGAAUGGUUCUUAUGUUCCUCUAUUAUCAGAGUCUGAAGUCUAUGCACAGGUUGCUCGUUUGUUCCAAAAUGAUUCCGAUCUUCUUCGUGAGUUUGGUCAGUUCCUCCCGGAUGCGGGAGGAGCAGUGGGAGCGGUGAUGCCACAAUCCUUGACUCAUGCUGCAAGUCAAUCGUCUGGCAUCCCCUCCCCAUCAACUAAGGUGGAUGGAAUAAUGAAUGACCAUGGUUCCACUGUAAAGAAACCACCACAGUCGACAUCAUCAUCGAAACCUCAUCGGAGCGGUCACCAGAGUAGCAAACGACCGAGUCAAACCAACACCCAUGGUCAGGGUAGCAAGCGGCCCAAAAGUUGUUCAUUAAAAGAUGUGAGUUUAGCUGAAGCGUCAAAACAUGGAACACUUGGUGAAUUUGCUUUCUUUGAUAAGGUUAGGAGAGCAUUAAGAAGCAGCGAUGCAUAUGAAAACUUCCUCAGAUGUUUGUUGCUUUAUAAUAAUGAAGUCGUUGGGAGAGCUGAGAUUGUUCAGCUUGUGCAACCUUUUCUAAUGAAAUUCCCAGAGCUUUUUAAGUGGUUUAAAGAAUUCUUGGGUUGCAAGGAUAAUCCUUCUAUUGAGAUGGGGGAUGAAAUAUCCUCCCCACAACCAAUCAAGGAAAAACAUGAAGGAAUUGCCAUGGAGAUAGACUACACCACCCUGAAGAGACUUGGUUCAAGUUAUAGAGCUCUACCAUCAAGUUUCCAACAACCAACAUGUACUGGACGUGAUGAUUUAUGUCAUGAGGUGUUGAACGACACGUGGGUCUCAUUCCCUUCAUGGAGCGAAGACUCACAGUUUGUUACAUCGAAGAAAACUCCGUUUGAGGAACAUAUAUAUAGAUGUGAAGAUGAGAGAUAUGAGCUGGAUGUUGUGAUAGAGACGAACCUUGGAGCGAUCCGAUGCCUGGAAGGAAUCAAUAAGAAGUUAUCCCGAAUGUCCGAGGAGGAUAAAGCGAAGUUUCAUCUCGAUAAUUAUCUUGGGGGAACGUCAGAGGUGACACAGCGCAAAGCUAUCCACAGAAUAUACGGAGAUAAGGCACCCGAUGUUAUUGAAGGAUUGAAGAAAAACCCAGCAGUUGCUGUUCCUCUGGUGCUUAAAAGGCUUAAAAUGAAAGACGAUGAAUGGAGAGAAGCUCAACAUUCGUUCAACAAAGUUUGGAGGAAUCAGAACGAGAAAUAUUAUCUUAAGUCACUCGAUCACCAAGGAAUUACAUUCAAAGCAAACGACACAAGAUUUCUCAGAUGGAAAAGUUUAAUAAAUGAAAUUGAAACUUUGUAUGAUGAGAGACAAGAAGCAGUUGAAGCGGGUGGAGCCACCAUAGCAAGUGGACCUCACAUAACAUUGAAAUAUGAAGAUAAAUCAAUAAUGGAUGACGCUGCUUCACUUAUUAUUCAUCAUGUUAAAAGACAAACUGGCAUCCAUAAAGAUGACAAACAGAAAGUAAAGCAAGUAAUGUACCAAGUCCUUCCUGAUCUUUAUUUUGCUCCACGAGGAAACCAACCUAGUGAUGAUGAUGAUGAUGAGGAUAUGGACAGUGAAGACACGAAAGAGAAAAAUGCUGAAAAAAGUCCAAAGAAGUCUCUCGGUGGAUACUUAAGUGAUGAUGCAGGGGAAGGAAAUUAUCAUUUGUUUUUCGGGAAUUCAAACUUUUAUCUCUUUAUUCGAUUCCACCACAUAUUAUGUGAACGGUUGCUCAAAAUAUCAAGGCGAGCAGAUAUUUUGUCUGAAGAAGAAAUAAAAGAAAAGAAAGAAAGGAAAGGAGAGAUGGUCGCUGACAUGCUGAGGCUGCGACAACUAAAUGACAUUAAUGUAGAAGAUUAUUAUCCUGCUUUCCUGGAUAUGGUUCGUAACUUGUUGGAUGGAAACAUGGAAUGUUCGCAAUAUGAAGAUACAUUAAGGGAGAUGUUCACCAUUCAUGCUUACACUGCUUUCACCAUGGAUAAACUGGUGCAGAAUAUCGGAAAACUGCUUCAACAUAUUGUCCAAGAUGAGGUUUGCGUUCAACUUCUUGAUUUGUUCCAUAAAGAAGAGCUAAACUCCGCCACCGGAGGGCCUCUCGUGUCACAGCCUCGUAGAUCGAACAUAGAAGCAGCAUAUCAACGUAAAGCUGAGCAUUUUGCUGCUGGUGAAAACUGCUACAAAGUUACUGUGUUUCAGAAGCAAUCCCAGCUUCAAGUAGGAGUUGAGUUGCUCGAUACAGAUGAGGAGAUUCCCAUUGAUGUGAUGGAGGUAACGAAGUGGAGCGAGUACCUUGAACAUUACGCUGCUGGUGAUGAUGUGGAUGUCACUUCUCAGAUGAAGGAACGACUUAAUGAGAAGCCAGUGUUUUUGCAGAGGAACGCAAACUUAUUGCGAAGAGCAACUAAAAAUGAACCAGAUGAAAAUAAUUUGUUCAUUACAAGUGGAUUGGAAUACAAGGUGGCUCCUGGUUCAUAUAAAACUACAUUCACACCUGGAACUGGAGAUAUUAUGUAUAGGCAUUCAUGUUUUAGUAAUGCUAGAAAGAUACAAUCACGGAUUUGCGUGAAUCUUCACAAGAAAUUUAAUGAUUGGCUUGUGAGAUGGGAGCAUGAGAACGUAUCACGGGAUAUGGGAAGGCAGACAAACAACUGGUUGAUGGGAAAAGUGCCAGGCUUAUCACCACAAAACACAAUCAUGGAAGUUGUAACUUGUGGACAGCUGAAAAAGAAUCUUUAUAAAGAAGAAGUGAGGGAAUCAACCUUGUAACAUAGAUUUGUAUAUCAUAUUGCCAACACAGAGCUAUUGCUAUGUAACCUUGUACAGUUCCUCUCGUAAUGUAGCUGCUGUCCAUAUUUUCUUGGACGACUCUGUUUUUCAAAUAAAAUGCCUAAGACGGAUUAAAAAUACCUAAAAAGUA